AUGGAAACUAUCUCCAAAAACGUCACGAUGCCUGAAUUGGCGCCACCCGAGUUCAACUAUGCAGUCUACCAGUUGCCAACGCUGGUGGCGGUCGUUCUGGUCCUCAUAGCGUCGAUCUUUCUUCGCCGCGACGGCGCUGUCAGCUUGCCAAUUGCGAACCCAAAGAAGAUGUUCGAACUCACAUCAUCGCGGCCCAUAUUCGAGUUUGCAAUGGCAGGCCGCGAAACUCUUGCGUCCGCCAGGGAGAAGUUCGGACCUAAACCUUUCCGAGUGCACACUGACAUGGGAACCUUCAUCAUCCUUCGGCCAGAGCACGGCGACGAGAUCCGAAGUGAUCCGCGAUUCAGCGUCGACGAGCCUAUCAUCGAGCUGUUCCAAGCAAAAUAUCGCGGGUUCGAACCUUUCAUGGAAGGAGCUCUGCCGACGAAACCACUGCAGAACGUUGUGAAACUCAAGAUCACAAAGUCAUUGGCCAAGGUUACAAAGCCGCUUUCCGAGGAAUGUGCAGCUGCGCUUCAGGCGUUUGUCGGUGAACCACAAGGCUGGCAUGAUGUUGUUCUUAUGGAUUUGAUCACUCGCCUGAUCUCCAAAAUGUCUGCUCGCAUCUUCGCUGGCCCAACCCUGAGCAAGAAUGAGCGCUGGAUCGAUCUCGUUGUCAACUACGGCGACAACAGUAUUCAGGGUAUGCGGAAGCUUCGCCUAUGGCCCAGUUUCCUCAAGCCCUUCGCCGUCAACUUUAUUCCGGAGUGCAAGAACCUCCAGGCUCAAGUGAAGGAGGCAUGGGACCUCGUCGCCGGUGAGAUCGAGGCGAGACGCGCCAAGAACGACGGAACCGAGUACAAUGACGCUGUUCACUGGUUCGAAGAAUUGGCUGGCGGAGACCGGUACAACUUCGGCGCAUCGCAGCUCAUGCUUGCCGUUGUCUCGAUCGGCACGACAUCGGACCUCAUCGCGCAGACGUUGGUCGAUAUUCUUCGCCACCCGGAGUUGAUACAACCUCUGCGGGAAGAGAUCAUUGCUUGUAUCUCGGAAGGCGGCUGGCAGAAGACGUCCUUGUACAACAUGAAGCUUCUGGAUAGCGUUCUCAACGAGAGCCAGCGUCUUAAGCCCAACCAGAUUGCGUCGAUGUUCCGACAAGCUCUCGAGACUGUGACUUUGUCCGACGGCACCAAGGUACCGAAGGGUCACAAAGUCGCCGUGUCAACUGAGCGAAUGAGGGAUCCGGCAUUCUACGAAAACCCAGAGACAUUUGAUGGUUAUCGUUUCCUUCGCAUGCGCGACACGUCUCAGGCAGCUGCUAGUCAGCUCGUAACGACGAGCGUCAACCACCUGGGCUUUGGUCACGGCGAGCAUGGAUGUCCUGGGCGGUUCUUUGCUGCUAGUGAGGCCAAGAUUGUCAUUUCUCACAUUCUUCUGAAGUAUGAUUUGCAACUGGACAGCAACGUCCAGCCUCAACUGCGGAAGUUUGGUUUCGCGGAGGAGGCUGACCCGAAGUUGAAGAUCUCGAUGAAGAGACGUAAGGAGGAGAUUCCUUUGUAA